CAAAUUCACUUAAUUUUGAUGAUAUUUUUAAUAUUAAUGAAGAUGAAAAGGAAACUGUUGAUGAUAAUUCUAAAGAGAUAUCAAUAACUGAGAAAGCUAAGACUUAUUAUUUUUCAGUAAAUAAAUAUGAAAAUUAG